ACAUAACCCUGUUUGUCGAUUUCUGUCAUCCGGUCCUUGCCUUCUUGGCCGACACUCAGACAGCCUGACGCCAUUACGAUUUACGAGCUGCUUUGCUAAGAACAAAGGCCGCAUCUCUUCAUGGCUUCACCGGUGGAAAAAGAUACGGCAUUACAACAUCCAGCGAAAUCAGUAGCAGUUGUGGGUGGUGGAGUCAGUGGGCUUGCUGCUGCAUAUAAGCUUAAAACAAAUGGGCUGAAGGUCACUCUGUUUGAUGUUCAAGAUAGAGCUGGAGGGAAAAUAAAAAGUACAUCAGAAGAUGGUUUUAUAUGGGAUGAAGGGGCAAAUACAAUGACAGAAAGUGAAUCUGCAGUUGGAAGAUUGCUUGAUGAUUUGGGACUUCGAGAAAAGCAACAGUUUCCUAUUUCUCAAAACAAGCGCUAUAUUGUGAGGAACGGGAUGCCACAAUUGAUUCCUUCAAAUCCAGUCGCACUAAUCAAAAGCAAUAUCCUUUCCACACAAUCAAAGUUGAAGAUCCUAUUGGAACCAUUAUCAUGGUGGCAUUCUGAUAAAAGAAGUUCCAUGAAGGUGUGUGAUACAGUAAUACAAGAAAGCGUGGGCCAGUUCUUUAAACGCCACUUUGGAACUGAGGUGGUUGAUUAUCUGAUUGACCCUUUUGUGGCUGGUACCAGUGCUAGCGAUCCUGAAUCUCUCUCUAUGCGUCAUGCAUUUCCACAGUUAUGGAAUUUAGAAAAAAAGUUUGGUUCAGUCAUAGUUGGGGCAAUUCGAUCUAAGGCUUCUGGAAAACCCAAGGAUAAUGUUCCAAGUAGAAGUUCUUCGGAUAAGAAAAAGCACCAGAGAGGUUCAUUUUCAUUUCAUGGUGGAAUGCAGACACUCACGAAUAUACUAAGCUGCAAGGUUGGUGGGGAAAGUUUGAAACUAAACUCCAAAGUGUUAUCACUAUCUUAUGACUCUGUUGGAGAUUCUCCAUGCAAUGGUUGGUCUAUUUCUUAUGCUGCAAACCAUGUUAAUGACUCGGAUCUUAUGAAAAGCCAAGUAUUUGAUGCAGUCAUAAUGACGGCUCCAUUAUGUGAUGUUCAAGAGAUGAAAUUCAAAGAAAGAGGAAAUCCUUUCAACCUUGAUUUCCUCCCCAAGGUGAACUAUGUACCCGUAUCAGUCAUGAUCACAGCCUUCAAAAAGGAGUGUGUGAAAAGGCCCUUAGAAGGGUUUGGAGUUCUUGUGCCUUCCAAAGAACAAGAAAAUGGUUUGAAGACCCUUGGUACCCUAUUUUCAUCCAUGAUGUUCCCAGAUCGUGCUCCAAAAAAUCAGUAUUUAUAUACCACAUUUGUUGGGGGUAGUCGGAACAGGAAUCUAGCUGGAGCUUCAUUAAAUGAGAUACAAGAAGUUGUGACUGCUGACCUUAGGAAGCUUUUGGGUGUAGAAGGACAACCAACAUUUAUGAGGCAUAUCUAUUGGAAGAAAGCUUUUCCCUUGUAUGGUCUAGAUUAUGACUUAGUUCUAGAAGCCAUAGAAAAGAUGGAGAAAAAGCUUCCAGGAUUCUUUUAUGCAGGUAACAAUAAGGGUGGUUUGUCUGUUGAUAAAUGCUUAUAUUCGGGUCUGCAAGCGGCUGAGCGUGUAAUCUCCUAUCUGAAUGAACAAAAAUUUUAAACAAGUAUGAUAGUUGAACCAAAAACUCUGGUCAUAUCUUUUCAUCAUUUAUGUUAUUCUUUGCUUUUUCCUUCUGAAUUAUGACUGAAUAAUAUUCGAAUGUGGAAUCCAGAAUUUUUGGAGGAAUCCUUGUCAAUUUUCA